AUGUCAGCCACUCCACCCGCGACCAGCCUGCUUCUAAACCCUCCAUUUGUCAGCGCGAAUAACAAACCACCUGCCAAUCCAACUCCAACCACUCUCACUCACUCCUCCAAAUUCUCCUCCCCGUCCACCAACUUCUCCCCCUCUCCCUCACUCACUCCUCAAUCCGCUUCCUCCGAAACCACAACAACUCUCCCACCAUCCCGUCUCUCCCCUCUCCAUACCCCUCACCUCACGCCGACCUCGGGCUGCAGCUGCUACCGCGUGCGCAACGUGUACUGCUGCAAGCAGGCCCUCUGCGUCUGCCACUCGCUCUGCUUCAACGGCUCCGCGCUCCUCUCCGCCCCCACCCCUCAGCCAACCUCAGGCAGAAACAGACAGAAUCCCGGAUCUCUUCCACCCCCCUGCCUUCCGCCUCAGUACACCCUGAACCAGAUACAGCCUUCCCCUGACGGAGCGAGCAGCAGCAGCAGUGGGAUUACAGACGUGCUGUCUCCCAUCCCCUGCAGUCGCAAGGCAGAGUUCGCUGCCUAUCUCAACAUGGCUCUUACCGAAGCCCCCAUCAGAGGAGGCCUGCACGCUGCCAGUGAGGACACGUGGCGCAAGUGGGUUGGUCCGGGGGGAGGGAACAGGGACAAGGGAGGGUCGGCAGAGUGGCGGGAUGGCAGCACGCUGCUGAUACCUCUGGACGACCCCACCACCAAUGUGGCUCACUUCAUUGGUGCGAUGAGGCAGCACGGGCAGCGGGGGUGGAUCCCCUCCGUGCUGCACAUGCUGCUGCGCAUCGCCCUCGAGCCCCUCCUCAACCACACUGCUUCCUCCCAUCACAUCCCGUCGCUCCCACGAAGCCCUCAAUCUCUAGCCGAUGCGAUCUCGCCUGAAGUGUUAGUGGGAGCGUCCACUGGUGCAGCAGCAAGCACUGGUGCCAGCAGGGGUGGUUUGGAGGUGCUAGCAGGGGCGGUGGAGUUUGAGUCAGCAUUCAGCAGGGCAUCUGAUGCACAUCCCAUGUGCUUCCAUCGCCUUGUGCUGCCAGGCUACCUCAAGGCAAUCACCUUCCCAGGGGGCAUGGAGCAGGCGGACAUGUUUAAGCACCGCCUCAAGGAGGCCUUCCCCCACCCCGACCCCGACCCCUUCCGCGCUCUGGCGUCUCCAGAAAAUGCCUCUGUGGGAGAUGCGUCUGCUGGGAGCAGUUCAGCUGAUGGUACCACUGUUCGCCUGCUGUACAUCACUCGCAAUGCAUCGCUCACACGCGGCCGCCGUGUCAUGAGUGCGGAAAGCUCCAGCGCUCUGCUCAAGCUGUUUCACCAGCUCAACUUCCAGGUAGCCCAAGUGGAGUUCACGCCGCUCACCUUUGCUCACCAGCUAGCUCUGGUACAGGCAGCAGACAUCAUAGUCUCCCUGCAUGGCGCAGGCCUCACCAACCCCGCCUCGUUCGCUCGCUCCGACUCCGUUCUCCUGGAAAUUUCCCCCUACGGAGUCUUCUACAAUCUGUACUAUUUCAUGGCGGUGAAUGCCGGGGUGACCUACAUGCUGCACCAGUGCACAGCCGGACCUGCCCCCAUGCCGGCUAAAGAUGCGGAAUUUCAAGGCGUAGGUCCGUUUGCGUGUGAUCAUGACCCGGCAUGCAAGCAGUACCGGACUCAUGACCGCCGGGUGAAUCUUGGGAAGAAAGAUAUUGAAGAAUUGGGGAACCUGCUUUCAGUGGCUCGGAGACUGGUUUUGGAUCUUUUUUCCAAGCCUUUCGCCAGUCGGCCUCCUAAUCUAUCAAUCCACAUGCAGUCCAAGGACGAACCGCAGCUGUCGGAUCUCCUCCUCCCGUCAUCGCUACCAUUCAAGCGCGUGCAGCUGGAGGAGAAGUACCCGCGCGGGUCGCAGGUGCGCGGCGGGCGGCACUGGAAGCACCUGAAGCAGAUCCUGCAGCCGCACAACCUGAGCGACCUGCCGCCCGACGAAGCCAAUUACGUGACGAUCGAGGCGCCGCCAUCAAUGUACCCCGCUAAGAAGUACUGCGAUAUAACGGGGCUCGAGGCGCCCUACACGGACCCGCACAGCAAGCUGCGCUACGCCAACCCCGCCGCCUUCGCCAUCGCGCGCUCGCUCCCCCACCCGCACGCGCAGGCCUUCCUCGCGCUCAGAGGCGCGCAGACCAUCGUCAAGCCGACUGAGCGAUUCGCUGGGUCUCUCGGGCACUCUCCCUGCCACAGCCUCGCAUCUCCCUGCCGCCGCUACACUGCUGCGCGCUGGCGUGGCCUUGCUGCUCGAGCGGGUGGUGUUGCUACAAGCGGAGGAGGAGACAGCGUAGGAGAUGUGACUCUAACGGAUGUGAUAGAGUCGGGUGUGGGUGGGAUGGAAGGAGAGCGGAGGAGGGACGGGGUGGGGUAUGGUGAGGACAGGGUUGGGAGAGGGGGGGUGGGGACGGGGUCUGGUGAGAACAGGUUUGGGAACGGAAGCAGGGUGGGAAUGGAAUCUGACAUUCCCAAGGUUGUGUGGGAGCUCGAGCAGGAUACCAAAGACCUGCUGGAAUGGCCAAUCGUGUGCCGCCAAGUGGCGCGAUUCGCGGACACAGUAAUGGGGUACAGAGAGGCGGAGGAGGGGCGGCUGGCAGUGGGGCGAACGUGGGAGGAGAGCCAGGCGCUGCUGCUGCAGACGGAGGCAGCGCUGCUGCUGCCACGACGGCUGGACUUCAACGGUGCUGUGGACGUGGGAGGGUUGCUCGCACGGCUCCACCGUGCUGCUGCUGCUAGUGAUGUUGGUGAUGGUAUGGCCACGUCUUCUGGCAGUGAUAGUGAUGUUGACGGCAGUGACAGCGAUUCUGGUUCUGCGGACUCUAAUGGGAGCACCGCCAGUGCUGCCAGUGCUGCCACAGCUGCACCCCCCCCGGCCAUGACCAUAACCCCCUCGGAGCUUCUGUCAGUGGCAUCUCUCCUGCAAUCAGGCAUUGAUCUAGGGGCGGGCAUUGGGCUGGUCCCAGAUGAAUCUGGCAUUCUCUGCUCCUCCUCCUCCUCUUCCUCCUUCUCCACCUCCUCCUCCUCCACCUCCUCCUCCUCCACCUCCUCCUCCUCCUCCUCCUCCUCCUCCUCCUCCUCCUCCUCCUCCUCCUCCUCCUCCUCCUCCUCCUCCUCCUCCUCCUCCUCCCCCCCCCCAACCCCCUCGCAUCUCGCCCCUCUCACGGCCCUCCUCUCCUCUGCUGCCACGUGUCCUUAUCUCCUCCAUCGCAUCCGCACCGCCAUCAACCCCCGCCUCAAGUCCCUCGCUGACUCAGCAAGCGCUGAGCUGGCAGCCAUCCGCGCCGCCAGGCGGGACAACCGGCGCCAGCUGGACGAAGCAUUACAGAGAGCAGCGCGACGUGUUGUGGAGGGAGGGGGGAUGGAUGAGGCUCAGGUGAGUAGGAGGAGAGGGAGGGGGUGCGUGGCAGUGCGAGCAGGGAAGAAGAGUGCUGUAACACCGGGAGGGGUUACCUUAGAUGUUAGUAACACCGGCGCUACACUCUUUGUGGAGCCAGUAGAGGUUAUCGAGUUGAACAAUAACGAAGCAGAGCUGAGUGGGCAGGAGGCGGAGGAGGAGAGGCGGGUGCUGAGGGAAAUGGCUGAGCAGGUGGCGGAUUGUGCGCCGUUGAUUCGAGAUCUAGCGGACAGGAUCGUUGCACUGGACCUGGCAUGUGCCCGUGCAAGGCAUGCCCUGUGGAUGGAUGCCUCUCGUCCUGUCCUCCUUCCACCCACACACCGUCUCUCCCAUGGCCAUGGGGAUAACUUCUCAGGGGUAAAUACGCCUGGGGACAGUGAUACAGGGAGAAAUACCCUUGCAGGGAGAGAAUCCUACAAAAUCGAAUCUUACGUGGUUGAGAUUCGGGGGAUACAGCACCCAGUUCUGCUGGAGAUGCAUCUUGACGCCCUCAGUGCUGCUGCUCAGAAUAGGACGAGUAAAAGCACAGGUGCAGCAGACACCAACGCAGUAGCAGCAACAGGAGGAGGAGCAGAAGCAGCAGCAGCAGCAGCAGCAGCAGCAUCACCCCAGGCGACUCCCCCGGUGCCCAUAGACCUGCUGGUGCCAGCCGGCGUGGCAGUGGUGGUCAUCUCCGGCCCCAAUGCGGGCGGCAAGACCGCCGCCCUCAAGACCCUCGGGAUUGCCGCGCUCAUGGCCAAGGCAGGGCUUUUCCUGCCCCUGGCGGGGGGUGGUCAAGGGGAGGAGGCGGGCCAGGGCACGGGGGGAAGCGGAGAGGACGGGAAGGAGGCAGGGGAAGUGGAGAGUUGGGGAGCGAGGGGAGGAGGGAGAGGAGGGAGUGGGGGCGAGAGUGGGGGAAUAGGAGAAGCGAGCAGAGCAAAGGGGCGAGUGGCGGUGGUGCCAUGGUUUGACCGCGUGGUGGCGGACAUUGGAGAUGAGCAGUCGUUGGAGCAGAGCCUCUCCACCUUCAGCGCCCACAUGCGCCAAGUCUCCCGCAUCCUCCUCGCCUCCUCGCCUUCUUCCUCUCCUUCCUCGCUCCCCUCGCUCUCCCCGCCCUCCUCGCCCUCCUCGCCCUCCUCGCCCUCCUCUCCGUCUCCUUCUUCCUCCGCCUCCUCCUCCCCUUCCUCCUCGUCUCUCGUACUCCUGGACGAGGCGGGCAGUGGCACGGACCCAUCAGAGGGAGCAGCGCUAGCAGCGGCCAUUCUAAAGCACCUGGCGGGGUGCAACGGGCUCACUCUCGCCACCACCCACUACGCCGACCUCAAGAAGCUUAAGGCGGCCGAUUCCCGAUUCGAGAACGCCAGUGUGGCGUUCGACCCGGUCUCCCUGCGCCCGUCCUUCCACAUCCUCUGGGGUCUCCCCGGCACCUCCCACGCCCUCUCCCUCGCUGCCUCGCGCGGCCUGCUUCCUUCCCUCGUGGCUAGAGCCGCCAGGCUUGCCCGUGCUGCCACUUUGGAGGCAGGAGAAGAGGAGGACAGGCAAGCGGGGAAGAGUGAGACAGACGAGUAUGCUACCCUGGGAGGGGGGAGGGGAGAGGGUGAGGAGGUGGGAAUACUGGCAUCACUCAAGCAGCAGUGGCAGCGGAACGUGGAGGAUGCGAGAGAGGCAGCCGAGGCGAGGCAACAAGCAGAGGGACUCCUGAAAGACCUUCAGGCGCACUACACCAGCAGAAGCACCUCGCAGCAGGGCCAGCAGGAGCAGCCUCUGCAUGUGAGAGAGGUGCUGUGGAAGAGAAGGUAUCAGAGGGACGUUCAGGAGGAGGUUUUGGCAGCGAGGGAGGAGAUUUCCCGCAUUGUUGCCGCUUUCCAGGAAGCUUCCCUUGCUGGUGUCCCGGAGCGGGCGGCGACAGACCAGGCCUGUGCUGACGUGGCAGCGGUGGCUGCUUUGACUGGCCUCUCUCCCGAGGCUGAUUCUGCUUUCGGUUCGGAUGCUUCAGUUGGUUCCUUGGGGGGGGAUUUGGGAGGGGCUGACUGGGUUCCUGUUCUGGGAGAGCCUGUGUAUGUGAGGAGGUUCGGCACCAGUAUGCGUGGUACGGUGGUGGCAGUGGGCGGUGGUUCGGGAGAGGCCUCGGCAGAAACAGCAGCUGCUCGGUCUGUGAUGGUUCAACUGGGAAAUCUGCGAUUGCAAGUGCAGAGAGCAGACCUCCUUCCCGCCGCCGAUGGCGGUGGUGAUGGUGGACAGAGCAGGACAGAUGGAGAGGCAGGAAGGAGGGGGGGAACAGGAAGACUGUUUGGCAGUCAAUGGGAGCAAGAUGACGACAGCAACAGCAACACCAACACAAAUAAGUCUCGUGUCUCCAAGCGUGGCGGUCAGUUCCCCUCCCCGUCCUCCUCCUCUUCCUCCCCUCUGCCAGCAGUGAGAGAGGCAGCGGUACAGACAGCGCGAAACACAGUGGAUGUGAGGGGGCGGAGUGCAGAGGAUGCAUUAGCAGCGGUGGACCUAGCAGUGCAGUCCAGCCCGCCUGGUGCUGUGCUCUUCAUUGUGCAUGGGCUUGGCACGGGCGUGCUUCGGGCAGCUGUGCUGAAAUAUCUUUCGGGCAGCCCGCUGGUUUCGCGGCACGAGCCGGAAAGCAGGUUGAAUAUUGGGUGUACUAUUGUUUACAUUGGGUGA